UUGCUUUCCUCCUCUCCGAGUGCUUACUAGUCAAGUCGGAGAAAAAGUUAAAACAAAAUUAAGAAAAUAACAUUUCUUUUUAAUUAGUUUGUUCGUAAUGUGUUGUAAAGUAUUUUUUUAUAAUAAUGAAUGAAUUAGUAUCGUGCUUAAACUGGGAUCCAGUGAAAUGUUUGGGACAAGGGGGUUUUGGCCGCGUAAUGCUCUGGAAGCAUCGGCAAACAGGUCAAGAAAUUGCGACAAAAUUUUUGAAAAUUAAAAAUCUUGCACCAGAUGAAGAGGAAAAGUUAAAAGAACGCUGGAUGCAAGAGUAUCAAUGGCAGCAACAGCUAGAGAUUCCGUACAUAGUUAAAGCUGUCAAAUUACAAGAUACAGAUUUCAUGAAAUUUCUUAAUAAGUUUCAUAGUCAAAUUGAUUCUUUGCCUGUGAUAAUUAUGGAAUAUUGCAAUGGUGGCGAUUUACGCAAUUAUUUGGCAAGAAUUGAGCAUUUGAAUGGUUUGUUCGAAUAUGAUAUACGUCAAGUAUUGUAUAGUUUAAGGAACGCCAUACACUACCUUCAUCAGCACUGCAAAGUGCAGCACAGAGAUUUGAAACCCGAAAACAUUAUAAUCCACCUCGAUGAGGGUGGGAAAGGCCGACAUUACAAGUUGGCCGACUUUGGUUAUACUCGUUGCAUACCCGAGCAUACGAAAUUGCAAAGUGUAGUGGGUACACCUGAGUAUGUCGCCCCAGAGGUAAUUCGGGGUGCACGAUAUAAUGAGACUGUCGAUUAUUGGUCCAUAGGCGUUAUAGCAUUCGAGAUGCUGUGCGGCAUACGUCCGUUUCUACCGCAUUGCGAAUUUUAUCGCAUAAUAGAAACGAUACAAAAAAAACCCCAAUAUUGUAUCGCAAUCAAGGAAAAUUUCGAUACGAAAAUUGUGCCAAAGAGAGAUGGAGAUGAGUUCAUUUUCGUUGAAAGUAUUUUUCCGGAAAACAAUUCCACUUUUGUUUUCGCUAAAAAGUUGGAAGCCUGGUUACGUUUAGCAUUAGAUUCCAAUUAUAAAAGUCGUGGCCACAUUGGAAAUGAACUAAAAUUCUAUACGGAAUUAGACGCGAUAUUAAGUAGUAAAGUGGUUACCGUGUAUUGCUUAACUUCAUAUCAGUUUUUCAGUUUUGAAGUAACACCAUCAAUGCCUACGGAAUGGUUUCUUAACACACUAUGCCAUGAGACCAAAAUUGAAGCUAGAAAUCUGUAUGUGAUUUUGCCGUUAAUUCAUCCAAAAAACUCUCUUGAUAAUAUUAGCACAGCAAUGGAUUUUUAUGUAGAAGAUUGGAUUCGAAGAGAGCCAGAAAAUCCUUUGGCUAUGCUCUACGUGAUGGAUGUUAGACAAUGCGACUGCAAUGUAAAAUGUCCUAAAUUUUCCCCAACUAUUAUGGAUUGUAUGGAAUUAUGCGCGGAAAAUUGUAAUUCUCUUUCCAAAGGACUGCUGGAGGAAUUUGAGCUGCACACGCACUUUGUAAUAAGCGAUGAACAACGGCAUUUAGAAGCGUAUUUAGAAGGUUUGCAAUGUUAUGCGGUGGAAGUGGAGCAUCAUUUGUUAAGUUUAAAGCCGCAAAUAAAUAACUUGCGAGACCAACUUUUAAUAACGCAAGGAAGGAUUCAACAAUUUGCACUAACAGUCGAUGAGCUAAACAAGCGCAUUAUAUCCAAUGAUUCACAACAAAUUUGGCUCAAAAAAAUUGAAACAUAUUACGAAGAGGUUAAAGAACUUCAGGCAAAAUUUUGGGAAACGAUGAAAGUAAACUUCCAAAGAAUUUGUACAAGUUGCAAGAAUCAUGCGACAGAGCAGAUUUAUGAAAAUCUUUCCAAAAACGAUAUUUACAAACUCCAAGAAUAUCGUCGAAGUUUUCGUGAGGAUGAUAAAAAUAGCGAUCGUUUGCUAAAGUCUCAAUACGCUUUAGAUAACCUAAGCAUGCGUAAACAAAAAAUUCAAAAAGAUCCCUUGCUAAAAGAGAUCAGAAAAUCCUUAAAGUCUAGCGUAGAAUUUUAUCAAAAAGUUAAACAUGAUAUUUAUAACGAUAUUCAGUACCUGAAUAAAAUGAAUAAUAGUUUAGAUAAUGAUUGCAAAGAGAUUUUGCAAUUUCAUUGUCUUGAGCCGUCCAUGCCAUCACUAUAUGGAAAUAGGAGCAAUGAAAUUUUAACAGAUGCCCAUAACAUAUUGGACGAAGUCAUAUCUUAUAUGAAUGUGACGAAGAUGAACGAAAAUAUUGAAUAAUUUUAUUACUUACGAAAUUUGUGUAGCGCUUUUCCUUUUUUUUCGAGUUUCGUUAUAUAAGCUAU